CACACACACUUGAGUAGGACACCGGGCAGAGUGCGUUCCGCUGAUCAUCUCCGUCCCUCCCUCCAGCAAUCGGAUUGCCUGUGCCACUGACGACAGCCAGUCACACAGUACCGAGAGUGUGCUGUGGAGAGACUGCAUCAGGGAGCUGUGCGCUUGGAUCGGGAGCGGUGCGUGGGAGUUGUUCUCUACCUGCCAUUUGCAUUCCUUCUUUAUUCUCAUCGGACGAGUUCGGGCUCACAAGGAGCCCCAUUACCAAGGGAGGAUCGCGCUGUAUGUGCGCGUUUGUGUGGGUUAUCGGUUUUAACUACUGCUAUCGUCUCAGAACUGCAGCAGUGCCGUUUUGGAGAAAGUCGUUGGAAAUCAGCAGGAAACGGCUGGCUGGUGUCUGUUCUCCCCUGUCAUCUUUUAAAGCUAUCUAUCAAGGAGAUGGACUUGAGAUAGUGCGUCUCAAUUUGAGUGUUGGUGGCUGGGAGUUGCCGUCGGGAAGAAAUGCGAAAGGAUGCUUGGAAGCAGUGAGGGCUACAGCAGGUAACCGAUAAGAUGGUGGGCAGGGAAGCGACUGGGCACAGCUACCUGGUGGCUUUCUGGCAGCCUAUUCUGAUUCUGAUGCUGAGCACCGUCCUGUCUGGAUCCACAACAGGCUGUCCAUCCCGGUGUGAGUGCAAUGUUCAAGAGCGAUCUGUGAUGUGCCACCGCAAGAAACUCAUGACAGUUCCUGAAGGCAUUCCUGCAGAAACAAGACUGCUGGACCUCAGCAAGAACCGUAUCAGAACCAUUAACCCAGAUGAGUUUGCCAACUUUCCCAACCUUGAACACCUGGAACUGAGUGAAAACACAAUCUCCACUAUUGAGCCUGGAGCAUUCAACAACCUUUAUGGCUUGCGAAUACUGGGGCUACGUAGCAACAAGCUAAAGCUCAUCCAGCUCGGUGUGUUCACAGGUCUGAGCAAUCUUACACAGCUGGACAUAAGUGAGAACAAGAUUGUCAUCCUGUUGGACUACAUGUUCCAGGAUUUGUAUAACCUCCGCUCUUUAGAAGUGGGUGAUAAUGAUCUGGUUUUCAUCUCCCAUCGAGCUUUUCAUGGCCUAAGUAGUCUUGAGCACCUGAGUCUUGAGAAGUGCAACUUGUCUUCUGUGCCAACAGAGGCUUUUACCCACCUCCAUAGUUUAAUCACUCUCAGGCUGCGUCACCUCAAUAUCAAUGUCAUACGGGAUUAUUCUUUUAAACGGCUCUAUCGGUUAAAAAUAUUGGAAAUAGCAAAUUGGCCAUAUUUGGAUACGAUGACCCCAAAUUGCUUGUAUGGAUUAAAUCUCACCUACCUGACGAUUGCAAAUGCCAACCUGACCACAAUUCCUUAUGUAGCCUUGCAGCACUUGGUUUAUUUGCGCUUUCUCAAUCUUUCAUACAACCCUAUCCAUACCAUUGAAGGAAAUAAGCUCCAUGAUCUGCUGCGUCUGCAGGAAUUUCACCUUGUGGGAGGCAGACUGGCAAUGAUUGAGCCCUACUCUUUCCGAGGUCUAAACUACCUGAAAAUACUAAAUGUGUCUGGGAACUCGCUUAGUACUUUAGAGGAGUCUGCUUUCCAUUCAGUUGGCAACCUGGAAACCCUGGCAUUGUAUGAUAAUCCCUUGGCCUGUGACUGUCGACUAUUGUGGGUUUUCCGCCGGCGCUGGAGACUGAACUUCAACAGGCAGCAGCCCACCUGUGCCUCCCCUGAGUUUGUCCAAGGCAAAGAGUUCAAAGACUUCCCAGAUGUUCUGCAGCCAAACUACUUCACGUGUCGCAAGUCUAGGAUUAGGGAUCGCAAACCUCAGCAAAAAUUUGUUGACGAGGGAGCCAUUGUUCAUUUUGCUUGCCAAGCAGAUGGGGAUCCCGCUCCAGUGAUAAUGUGGCGAUCUCCACAGAAAAAGUUUAUCACCACCAAGAUGAUUGGAAGGCUGUCUGUGUUGCCAGAUGGUACUCUUGAAGUGCGCUAUGCCCAGAUUCAAGAUAACGGUACAUAUGUGUGUAUAGCUAGCAACGCAGGUGGAAAUGACACCUCUCUUGCACACCUUCAUAUUCAUAGCUAUUCGCCUGACUGGCCACACCAGCCCAACAAAACAUUUGCUUUCAUAUCAAACCAGCCGACAGAAACUGGAGCUAAUGAUACAAGAGCCAAUGCCCCUUUCCCAUUCGACAUAAAGACAUUGAUUAUUGCAACUACAAUGGGAUUCAUCUCGUUUCUUGGUGUCGUCCUCUUUUGCCUGGUACUGCUGUUCCUCUGGAGCAGAGGUAAAGGCAACACUAAACACAACAUUGAGAUUGAGUAUGUGCCACGGAAAUCAGACGCUGGCAUGAGCAGCACCACAGUGGAUGCUCCUCGCAAAUUUAACAUGAAAAUGAUCUAACAGAGCUGUGGAAUUUAUUAAUUUUGAACUUUAAAAUAAGACAAAUGGUAAAGAAGACAUUUCCUUUCCUCUCUUACAAACCUGUGGAUCCUGGUCUGUUAACAUAGAGUAAAAUGUUCUUUCUCCUGACUGAUGGACAAGGAAUGAAACCACACCCAGUGUUACAUGGCAUCUGUGGUUUCCACAAGGCCUGUGGGGGCAUUAAUUGAAAAUCAGAUUUGUCAUAGGCAGUUCUUAUUCCUGUGGAUUUCUAAUGAGAUAACUAUAUCACAAAAAUAAAAAUAAAACAUUUUAAAAGCUAGAAUGCGAGGGGCAGAUCAUAUUUUGGCCGUCUCUGUUUUUUGUGCGUAUUUUUUUAUUUCGUGUUUGCUUUAUUCUGAAGUUAGGUGUUCUCUUAUGAAUGAGAUUUGUAUGGGUUGUUGAGCACCUUAAACACUGACCAAUUCAAGUACAUCUUCAUCACUGUAUAUCAUUGUGAAUACUCCUGUGCCUCCUUUUUUUGUUUUCCAUGGUUUUUCUGUGAUUCAGGAAAUUUAUUGUGUCAUAUUAUGAAAAAAAACACAGCAAAUUCUUCGAAAGACAAAACUGUUACUAACAUCUGUAAAAUGUUAUCUGAAUUUCAUAACCAAUUCAUAACCAAGAAAAAACAAUUAACAGUCUGUAAAAUCAGAUUACAACCCUGUUAACGCAAUGAUGAUUACAGCAGUAAUUUGGUGCAAAUUUUUGGCAAUCGGUCCAUAUUUUUACCGAUCUAAAGAAUCAGCUAAAAAACAGCCAAAAGGUACAUAAGAAAAAUUGCAUUUUUACACCGAAAAUAUUCACAUAAAUAAUUAAUGCAAAAAAAUGCAUAAAAUCAUGUUAAAUGUGUUGUUUAAUGUGAGUAUUAAACAUUUUUACAUAAUGGUUUGAAGUGAGUACUUAGCACCAGUGCCACUCAGUCCAUUUUCAGAUGUUACCCAGACAGUGCUCACAGAUAGAUUAAGGACUUGAUACAAAAAGGAAAUGAGAAAAGUGUUUGAAACCAUGCUCUGUUCUCACAAUAGAUGCACCUAUCCACAGCAGUUUUGCCAUCCAAAAGAAUGGUUGGCUCUGGCACUUAAGUACUUACUCCUAAGCUUUUAAAUAGCAUUUCAAAAAAACUUAUGUAAUAGUAUUAGUUUGUGCUCAACAUGAUUAGAUGGAAUAAAACUUGCGGUGCUCACGCUUUGGAUAUGAUGUGCUCCUCAAGCAGUAAGAACAUUUCUGUCAUUGCUUUCUUGAUUUUUUUUUUAAUUUAAUGAAAUUAAUGCUUUAUUCAUGACAAUACUGCCUCCCCCAGCAAAGCCAUGGAAAAAUUACCUUCCAGAAUCAUUUAUAUGUUCGUUUUUUCCUAGAAAUGUGCAUUUAUUUGUCAGAGGGGAAAAACUGCAGCAUAUUAUGCUCCCACUUGGUUCUGCAAAUAAAAUCAAAAGUUACCUUUUCAAGUACACACUGUUGUACAGCCGGGCUUUGAAAACAUGUGAGGAUAAAGGCCAAGUUAUCUAUGAUGGAUGACAUUGCAUAUUACAUCACAGUAAUGGCUGGAAGUAAGAACUGAAUAUGCAGAUGGUUGAAGUGACACAGAUGGUUUCACCCAUGGAGCAAUCUGAAGCAGCUUUGGUGUAAUCCGUUUUGCAUAAAGGAGAAAAAAAAACAAACAAAAAAAAAAAAAACGCUGGAUAUGGCUCAUGGUUCUCCCUCUUGCUGAUUAUGAAUGCUCUCUUUGUUCAAAGUGUGGCAACUGUACCUAGCCUUUUUUUUCUUUUUCUUCCUAAGUGGUUUGGGAAGUUCUGAUUUUGGUAUAUGUUAUUCCUUUUUUUAAUUUUGACCAUGGACUAUACUGACCAUGUAGUCCAAGCCAACUUUUUACAAAAAAAUAUAUAUACUAAAAAAGAAAUCUAUGGAAAAUACAUUCAAAUUGUUCUGUGCAAUAAAGGUAAUAUGCAGAUUUUUUUUUUUUAAUUAACAAAAUUUUGUUGAUGUUGAAUUGUUGAGAAUAUGGUAUGUUGUAUUAAACAAUCUAUGGACUUUUGUAAAAAAAAAAAAAAAAGUGAUGCUUUUAUCUUGGUUUUAAAGUUUCAAUUGUUUUUUCUUAUAGAAAAAUAUAUAUGUCAUAGCUAUGUAUCGGUAGAUUCAGCUCACCUAUAUGUACUGAUGACUUUUCAGGUGCUGAAGUUCCUCAUCACUUAUGUGAAAUUGCCACAAUUUCCAUUAAUUAUUUCAUUUACAAGCUACCAGAUUCUUA